AAAUUUAAAACAGUAAUAUUUUUGAAAUAAUUAUUUAAUAUUUUUUUUCCACAAUUUAAUAAAAAAAUUUGAGAUGAGAAUAAGACAUACUAAUUUUGCAUGAAAAUCUCCGAAUUCCUGGAAAUCUUUUGAUUCUUGAAAAUUUUCUCAUCCAUCCACCAUUUAAAUUAUAACUUUUCAAAUGCAAAAUAAAUGGGAUACAAGUAAAUAAUGGACCUAAAAAUCAAUCACAUGAAUUUUUGAAAAGCUUUCGAUUUACCCCAAAACAAUUCUACUUCCUAGUUAUAAUGAUCCGAAGUAAGAUUUUAUUGCCUUCAAAAUUCGACUCCCAUUUCUUUUUCAUAUCGAUAAUAAUGGUAUUUUUGGGCUCAUCGAGUAGCACAGACCUGUCAGUACCUUUGGUUAUUUCCAAUGUUUCUGGCCCGGAAUGUCCCAAAUUUGACGAAGGUCAUUGUCAAUGUGUGAAAGCCGAUUUGACCUCUUCCAUGUUGAUUGAAAGUCCUGGUAAUCUUUCAUCGGCAACCAUUCAACAAUUAUUUUCCUCAUCUCAACCUCAGCUAACUUAUUCAACAUCUAGCGAAGAAAAUUCUGGAAAUGGAACUCGCUUCAAUAUAGCAUGUUCCUUUACCAAAGCCGAAGUUAUCAAAGAUGCCUUUAAAAAAAUAUCUGGACUCAAUGUAAGCACUCUAACCCUCGUUCAUAACGUUAUACCUUCGCUAGAAGAUGAUUUUUUCAAGGAUUUGAGUUACGUAGAAAAGAUUCUCUUGAAAUACAAUCGUAUAACAAACAUAAGCGAGAAUGCCUUCCGAGGUAAUUUAGAACGCAGUUUGACGCAUUUAUUUAUAGACGAAUUCUAUUGGUAUAGUUUUCAUUUCAAAGCAUUUGAUAACGUUCCAUCCAAAGCCCUCAUCAAUCUAAAAAAACUUAAAGAAUUCACGGCUUCUAGUGGUUACUUGACGAACAUCUCGAAAUCUAUGUUAUCAAGCCUGCCAGGUCUCGAAAGACUAACACUAAAAGGUUAUAAGUUGGCCCAUAUACAGAACGAUGCCUUUGCUGAUCUAAACAACCUUAAAUCCUUGGAAAUCAAGAGCAGUAAUUUAGCUUCCUUGCCUACCAAAGCUUUGAGCCGAUUGAGUUCUCUGGAGGAACUGAAAAUAGAAUCGCGUAAGAUUCAAACCUUAAACGAUAGCUCUUUCGCGACGCUUAACAAUUUGAAAAAGUUAGACCUAUCUUCCUGCUCGAUAAAUAUUGUGUCCGAAGACGCCUUUGAAGGUCUCGGAAAAUCUCUAGUUCACCUGCUUCUCGAUAGAAAUUCGCUCAAGUCUGUCCCUCGCGCACUUAACACCUUAAAAUCUCUGGAAGUUUUGGACCUUGGAUUCAACGAUCUCAACAAUUUAGAUUCAAACUCCUUCAUCGCUUUGUCGAAUCUUAAAAAUUUAACACUAGACAUGAAUGGCCUCAUUUCAAUAUCAGAAGAAAGUCUCAGAGGGCUAGAGUACAGUCUAGAAUAUUUGUCUCUGAUGCAGAACCGGUUAACACAUUUCCCUUCCAAAGCAUUAAACGGGAUGAAGAAACUUAAGUAUCUCAUAUUAUCGAGUAAUAUGAUUAUUGAAAUACCACCCGAAGCCCUAUCUCAACCGAACGAGAUUAUUGAUGAAGGUAGCAGCAAGGACAUUAAAAUUAAUUUACCAGACAAAAAAGACGGCAAGGGAGCUUACUCUGCCCCUAUAAAAUUAAGGACCUUAGACUUGAGUAGGAAUAGAAUUAACAAAAUCUCAGGCUACGCCUUUGGAGGGUCUCGCGAUUCCUUGGAAGUCUUGAAUUUGGCGAUCAACAAAAUAAUUGAAUAUCCCGUUCAAUUCGGUGAAUUCUCCAAUCUGACUUACUUGGAUUUGUCACUCAAUAAUAUAGCCACGCUUAAUAUCGAAUCAUUAGAAGGAAGUCAAGAUCGACUCGAGUUUCUGGGAGUGAGUGGUAACUCAUGGAGAUGUGAUUGCAACAUGGCCGCUUUCAGAGUUUGGCUCGAGAAUUGGAUCAAGGGUUUAACACUCCGAGACAUGUACAAAAUGGAGAAAAUGAUUAAGGAAACCAAAUGCGAAAGCCCAGAAGAACUCAAAGGUAUCCCUUUACAUUACCCUCCAGUUAAUCAUCUCAUAUGCCUCGAUAGCAAUAAAAAAAAUCAUCCGGGUAAAUACAAAAACAUCAAUUCCUCUCGCGUUCCCCUUUACUACUUUGAAGAUUCAGGUUCUCUUAAAUCUGACAAUGCCAAUAACAACAACGCAGCCAUUGGUGACAAUAAUAAUAAUAUGGGCAGCUCCUCAAAGGUCAAAAAUAGCAAAUUUUUAAACAACCUCGAAUCCACCAGGGUCAUAGCUAUGAUGGGAUUUCUUAUGUCCUUGUUGAUUUGUUUUGCGUUGUUAGGCUUCACGCUAGUCUCUUAUUUCAUGAAGCGCUCCAGAAAAUCUAUAUUCUCGCCCAGCAACCACCAAAACAACUCAGAUAACUCCGAUUUCCCCAAUAUGAUAAUGCUUUCUCCCUCUCCCGAUAAAAAUGCUAACGCUGCUAAUAAGUUUGCGCCGAGCAUAAAGAAAGGAGGGCUCAGCUUUAUCCAUAAUAAUAAAUGGGUCAACAAUAACAAAGGGACUAAAUUUCAAAACGAGCCAGAUGACGAUGACAAAAAAAUUAUCACUAAACACGAGUACGGGAUGCCUAUAGAUAAUUUAAGUUUUGGAGGAAUUAAUUAAACUCAGCGCCAAAUUAUUAUGUGAAUAUAUAUAUAUUUUAAAAUAUAUAACAAAAAAAAUCUAUCAAAAAAAAGUCGCUCCAGUUCUUUUGUUUUUAAAACAUUUUUAUUUUUAUAUAUUUUAAUUAUUAUUAUUUUUUUGGUAUUUCAUAGCUAUAUUAAUAAAUAUU